AGUAUGAUCAAGCUACCACCCAUCAGUGUACUGAGUUUAUUCACGUUGAGUGGUACAUGAAUAACGAGUUCUUCUCUUAUUCGAAAUUUUCUAUCAUCUACAAUAGUAGUAGACAAAAUUACCACUUGUAUUUUUUUGAUAUUUUUAAAAACCAGCUAUAAAUUAAAUAUUUACUCUUGCUAUUAUUGUAUCAUCAAGGUUUAUAUAAUCAAAAAAAAAAAUAAAAUGAAUAUUGAAGAAUUUAGGGUACGUGGUAAAGAGAUGAUUGAAUAUAUUUGCGAAUAUUUAAGAACAAUUGAAGGAAGAAGAGUUACAGCAAAUGUUGAUCCAGGAUAUUUGAGACCAUUAUUACCAUCAGAAGCACCAACAAAACCAGAAUCAUGGGAUGAUAUUAUGAAAGAUGUAGAGAGUAAAAUAAUGCCUGGUAUAACCCACUGGCAACAUCCUCGUUUUCAUGCAUAUUUUCCAUCUGGUAAUUCAUUUCCUUCAUUACUCGGUGAUAUGUUAUCUGAUGCAAUUGGCUGUAUUGGUUUUUCUUGGGCAGCAAGUCCAGCAUGUACAGAACUUGAAACAAUAGUAUUAGAUUGGUUUGCAAAAGCAAUAAAUUUACCAUCAAUAUUUUUAACAGAUAAUAAAAAUUCAAAAGGUGGUGGUGUUAUACAAGGUUCAGCAUCUGAAUGUAUACUUGUUACAAUGCUUGCAGCACGUACACAAAUGAUAAAUUCAUUAAAAUUAAAUGAACCAAAUAUUGAAGAUUCUGGUUUUUUACCACGUCUUGUUGCAUAUUGUUCAACAGAAUCACAUUCAUGUGUUGAAAAAGCAGCAAUGAUAUGUCUUGUUAAAUUACGUGUACUAUCAACAGAUGAUAAAUGUCGUUUACGUGGUAUAACACUUGAAAGUGCUAUGAUUAAAGAUAUUAAACGUGGUUUAAUACCAUUUUAUGUAUCAACAACACUUGGAUCAACUGGUUGUUGUUCAUUUGAUAAUUUAAUUGAAAUUGGUCCUGUAUGUAAAAAAUAUACAAAUAUAUGGUUACAUGUUGAUAGUGCAUAUGCUGGUAAUGCAUUUAUAUGUCCAGAAUUACGUCAUUUAAUGGCUGGUAUUGAAUAUGCUGAUUCAUUUAAUACAAAUCCAAAUAAAUGGUUACUUGUUAAUUUUGAUUGUUCAUGUUUAUGGGUACGUGAUACAGUUAAAUUAACAUCAGCACUUGUUGUUGAUCCAUUAUAUUUACAACAUGCUAAUUCAAAUGAAUCAAUUGAUUAUCGUCAUUGGGGUAUACCAUUAAGUCGUAGAUUUCGUGCACUUAAAUUAUGGUUUGUAUUACGUAGUUAUGGUAUUAAUGGUUUACAACAAUAUAUUAGAAAUCAUAUAAGAUGUGCACGUAGAUUUGAAAAUUUAAUAAAACGUAAAAAACGUUUUGAUGUAUUAAAUGAUGUUAAAGUUGGUCUUGUUUGUUUUCGUUUACGUGAUACUGAUGAAAUUAAUCAAGAAUUAUUAGCAAAUAUAAAUGCAUCUGGUAAAUUACAUAUGAUACCAUCACGUAUGAUGGGUAAAUAUAUUAUAAGAUUUUGUGUAACACGUGAAAAUGCUAAUGAGGAUGAUAUUGAUUAUGCUGUUGAUGUUAUUGAUGAACAUGCUAAAGAAGUAUUAUUAUCACAUUGUGAUAAUAAUGAUAUUGAAUUUUCAAAAAGUCCAAAAAGUCCAGCACCAUUGGAUAAAAAAUUAGUUAGAAAAUUCAGUUUUACUAGAAGUGUUACUAGAGAUGUUUAUAAAAGAACAAAAUCUAAAACAACUUUACAUGAUGGUGCAACACCAAUUAUGGUUGUUGAAGAUAAUAAUAAUAAUAAUCAAAAUGUUGAUUUACAUGAUGAUGAUAAUUUACGGCCAAAUAGUCGGUAGAACGAAUUUAAACUCAUGGUUAUUAAUCAAAAUAAUAAAUUGUUAACAUUACCAUGAGUUAGGCAAUUAGAUAGGGUAUCAAAAUAUCGUUCUGAUCCUGAAUUAUUUUAUUCUGUUGAAAAAGAAGUACUUAUUUAAAUUUUUUUCUAUUUAUUUCUAUCAACUGGAUAUGUACGAAAGCCAGAGUAUUUCGAUUUUUUUUGUUUCAGGAAAUGAUGACGAUUUUAUCGGACUUUUUUUUUUUUUCGUUUGUUUGCAAUUUAAAUUAAUCAAUCAUUGAAGAAAAAAAUUAGUUAAUAUGUGUUAUGUACUAAAAACAUAUAGGGUAAAAAAAUUAUGGGGUAAAGUGGAAAGUCUAAAAGAAAAUUAUUGAAAUUAUGAAUUUCUAUGGCUUUUUUUUUUGUUUUAAAUUUAUAAAAACUACUUAAAAGUUUUCAAACAAUAUAAAUCAAGUUUUAAUUAUUAUUAACAUACUAAAUAACAAUUAAAAAUUAAUUAUAAACAAAAAAAAAAAAAACUGAAAUAUCCACUUUACUCCAGGUUUUUUAAUAGUUAUUAAAUUUAAAAAAUAAAUUGUUUAAAUAAAGCUAGUAUUAUUAAUUGUUAAUAUAACCUGUUUAAAUAAUAUUGUAGCUUAAUAUUAAUGUCAUAUCAAUGUGUGUUCUUAAUAAUAUAAAAAGUUAUAGGAUAAAUGAAUAUAAAAAAGUAAAAAAAAUUGUUCAAUAUUGUUAAGAAAGUAAUCGAAUGUUUUAAUGAUAUUAGUAUUAAAUUUUAACGACAUCUUAACAAGUUUAUUGAUUAAUAUUUCAACCCUCUUUUUCUUGAUAUAAUAUUCAAUAAAAAAAAACCCUCAGGCUUAAUCAAUCUAUGUCAAGUUGAUUAAUGAAGUAAAUAAAUUUAAAAAAAAAAACAGUUUUUAUGAAAAAAGAAAAAAA